AUGGAGGAGCACAAGCCGCUGGCGGCCAUGGUGGUGGUGCAGUGCAUCUACGCGGCCAUGGCGCUGUGGGCCAAGGCCAUGUUCAGCCGCGGCAUGAACCCCAUGGUGUUCGUCGUCUACAGGCAGGCCAUCGCCACCCUUGUCCUCGUCCCCAUCACCGUGCUUGCCAACAGGAAGAGGCUGAAGGAGAUUCUUUGUAUCGGGACGACAGGCUUCGCGCUGGUGUUCUUGGCCUCUCUCGUCGGGGCGACGGCCAAUCAGUACAUGUACUACCAAGGCAUCUACCUGGGAUCAUCGUCCAUGGCGACGGCCAUGACGAACCUGAUACCGGCGAUCACCUUCGUGCUGGCGACGUCAGUAGGUCUAGAAAGCGUGGAGAUCAGGAAGCCGCGAAGCGUGGCCAAGAUAUUCGGCACCGCCGUCUGCGUCGGAGGCGCCAUGGUGAUGACCUUCCUCAAGGGCCCCAAUCUGCUGCACGACUCGCUGGGAGUCGACGGCGCCGGGCUGGACCUCCAAGACCUGCUUCUCAACUCGCCGGCGAGCCGGAAAUGGGUGACCGGCGCGCUGUUCCUCGUCGGCAGCAGCUCCUGCUGGUCGCUGUGGCUCAUCAUACAGGUUCCGAUCUGCAAGUCGUACGUGGAUCCCCUGACGCUGUCGGCCUGGAUGUGCUUCCUGUCCACGGCGCAGAUGGCGUUACUCAACUCCUUCGUGCUGCCGGACCUCGACGCCUGGAAGAUCAACUCGCUCUUCGAGGUCAUGGGCUGCAUCUUCGCCGGCGCGGUUGGGUCAGGCGUGACGUUCUACCUGCAGUCGUGGUGCAUAACGGUGAGGGGCCCGCUCUACUCGGCCAUGUUCAACCCCCUCUGCACCGUCGUCACCACCGUGCUCGCCACCGUCGUCCUCCACGAACAGCCACACGUCGGAAGCUUGUUGGGUGCAUUCGCGGUGGUCGCCGGGCUGUACAUCGUGCUGUGGGGCAAAGCAGGCGACGUCAAGAGCCCAAGGGCGGCGGAGCACGCCGAUGAUCUGGAGAAGACAUGGUCGGACUCGCAGCUCCUCGACGCGGAAAGUACGAUCACCGAGCCGCUCCUAGCGGACGACAACCGGAUCGAGAAGUAG